UGUCAUGUCUCGCGCGCGCGUCUAGUGUGAAGCUAGUUUCCUGCGCGAUUGAAAGUCAAGUGUAUAAACAGACAGAGAAACGCAACAGGAGAUAUCCGAACUAACGGAUACAUGCAGCAGAAGCAGCAUGGGGAGGUCGCGCAUGUCUGCCAGGAUGAGAUUUAGGAUGUAUAAGCUCUUCCUGUUGUGCUUGGUAGGGGUGUAUGUCAUUUCCAUUCUAUAUUAUUACAAAGCCCUGCGCAAUAUUCCACUGCUUCAAGAGCUGUACUCCUCCUCUUCACACCUGAAGACACUGAAGUUGGUCAGAGAUUUCUUCUGGAAUGUGCCGGAUACCAAAUUCCAGUUGAAUCAUGACAAUCGCAAACACGUCUAUAUUAAGGGCUUCCGUGAAAGAAUUGACCUUCAUGAAAGUACCUUUACCCUCCAUGAUGAUUCCACACCCUUUUUCAUCCAAACCAAAUCUGGAGCAAUGUGCUUCCAAAAGGGGACUAAUAUGUCUGACACUGUGUCUCAACGUGUGAUACUGCAGCAGCAGCAUCAUCAACAAGAUUCUAUCAAUGAAGGCAAGAAGGGGGUUAAGUGCGCCUGCCGCCAAGGCUGGCACGGACCUCAUUGUGGAAUACCUACAAUCGUGCAACAUUCAGAUCUCUCAACCAAGUCAAAAUUAAUGCCCAGAAAAGUUCCACGGCGAGUCAUCAAUGCCAUCAACAUUAACCACGAGUUUGACCUUCUGCACGCUCGAUUCCAUGAACUUGCUGAUGUUGUGGAUGUGUUUUUUGUUUGCGAAUCCAAUUUUACCACAUACGGUGACCCAAAACCUCUUUAUUUCCUGCAGCUGAUCCUCAAUGGAACGUUCGAUUACAUUAAGCAUAAGAUCCUUUACAUUUUUCUUGACCAUUUUCCGAAUGGUGGUCGUUCAAAUGGCUGGAUCGCCGAUGAUUAUCUACGAACGUAUUUGACAAAAAACGGAAUGUCUCGCGUUAAGGGCUUGAAAGCGGAUGAUGUUUUCAUUAUAGACGAUGCGGAUGAAAUUCCAGCACGAGAGGGAAUCCUUUUCCUCAAACUCUACGAUGGCUGGACUGAGCCAGUUGGGAUCCACAUGCGGAAAUCUCUGUACGGAUUUUACUGGAGGCAAUUCGGAACGCUGAACAUCUUGUCGGGUUGCACGGCAGCUAUGCUCUUUAAGGUUUACAAGGGCGAUGGAAUUCUUCUUCGACGACGGUCGUAUUACACAAUGUCGGGAUUCCGGGAGUAUGAGAACUCUACAGGACGUGUUCUGGUACCGUGGGCCAUCGGAAGCCCCGUUCACUAUGGUGGAUGGCACUGUUCCUGGUGUUUCAAACCAGAGGGGAUUUAUUACAAACUUAUAUCAGCCCAGAAUGGAGACUUCCCACGUUGGGGUGAUUACAAAGAAAAACUAAAUCUAAGUUACAUUCAAGAGUUAAUACGAACUGGGGGUUGGUUUGAUGGCUCAGUACCAGACUACCCACUAACAGACCCUAAAGAACGUAUGUAUGCUCCAAAAUACCUACUGGACAACUAUGAAAAAUAUGGAUACUUGCUGAAGAACGUAUACACAAAAGAGAAAGGUUAUAAUUUAAAGUUUAAUUAAAUAGGCACAACCACCUCAAUGUCAAAGUUUAGCACAAUGAGUUUUCCCUCAUACUUCAUCAAACCUCAGAUCCCACUACUGAGAAAAGAUAAUUUUAUAAAUGAAAGUGAAAACUUGAUGUGAAGCUAGAAUAUUUAUUCCAUAUAAAUGAUGAGCACAAGGGGGCUGAAACAUGGUCAUGUGUUGAAGCCCAAUAGACAGUAAUUCAAGCAAUGGCUUCCAUCUUCGUAAUGAAAGCAUUAGACCUACAGAGAGUUUUAUGGUCAUAUCGAUACUGCGUUAUUAUUUACACAUUGCUUUGAUAGUCGAUUUGCAUUUGCAGUCAUCAUAAAACAAUUUGUGUGUUGACACUUUGGUAAAACCAAUUUGCAAAGAUAUGAAAUGCAAAUGAAAAGCCUCAUCUUAUUGGCUAUCGUUCUGUGUAUAGUUGACUAAAAAUCAUGUGCUUAGUUGCUUAAAAUCAGGAGGGUGCCCAUGGGAAGUCAUGGGAAAACCUGAAUCGAUAUGAUUGAUAUAGAUUUUGUCUAUUUGUGUU